AUGGAGUCUGUGGCGCGCCAGUCCGCCUCGUUCGCCUGCAGCUACGACGCCGCCACCGGCAAGGCGGGCCGGUGCGGCGGCGCGGGAGGGCAGAGCGAGCCGCCCGGCGGCCUCGCCGGCGGAGAUGGCGGCGCGCGGCAGGUCGAGGCGCUGCAGCGGCAGCUCCACUCGCUGCAGUUGCGGCUGGCGGCGGAGCAGCAGUGCGUCACGCGCGAGCAGCACAUCACGGCGCGCAUGUGGCUCGAGAAGUCGCAGGCCGAGGAGGCGGCCGCUGAGUCCGCGGCAAAGGCGGCCGAGCACCAAGCAACCACUGCGCAGUGGGACGCGUGGCACGCGUCGCAGCGCCGGCAGCAGAGGCAGCGGCGGGCAAUCCUGCUGCAUGGCCGCUCCUCGGAGGGGGCCGCCUCGUGGAGGGCCGGCUCGGGCGCCUCGCCCGCAGAGCGCCUGGUCGCCUCGAUCUGCGUCGACGUGCUCGGCCUCACCAGCGCCUCCUCGCUGCCCGACGAGGCGCGGAGCCGCCUUGCCAACCUGCUGGGCGAGGCCGCCGAGUUGGUCCGCGACCCGCCGAGCGCCGAGGCGGACCCGCUGUGCACGCGGCCGCCCGGACUGUCGUGUGGCUGA